GAGUGGGAGUCCCGACUACAACCGAGAGGCAGGGUCCAGGAGCUGGGGACCCCCGAGCCGCAGUACCCCCCACCGCGUGUCUCCCCCGCCGCGUGGCGAUGAGCAGCCCCGAGAGCACGCCGCCUCCCCCGCACCACGAGCCUAACCCAGGGAUGUCCUACAGCGUGAUGGAGAUCGCCAUCAUUGCAGCUGUGAUCACUGCAGUGGCUUUGGUCCUGGUUUGCCUCCUCUUCCUCAUGCUUCGGUACUUGUACAGGUACAAGGGCACCUACCACACCAAUGAGGCCAAAGGCACAGAGUUCGCCGAGAGUGCCGAUGCAGCCCUGCAAAGCGACCCUGCCCUCCAGGACGCCGGGGACAACAGCAAGAAGGAAUACUUCAUCUGAGGAGUGGCAGUCUUCACCUCCCUGCAAGGGGUUUGUGGCUGUCGGAGAGAAAGCACACCCACUAAGUGCCACCACUGUCAGCACGGGGAAGCCCUCAAGGGCACCCCAAAACUCUUACUGCAGAACACUGGGUGCCUGCCAGGAAACUGAUACAGAUAGGAAGCAUCGAGGUGCAGAACACCUCUUGCAGGGACUCGAUGGCCACCCAAAGGCUGGCAUUGGCUCUACAAGGCAUAGAGAACAUCUGGAUACACAGGUCUUGUAUAACAUUGUAUCUGUGUACGUGGAGCAAAAAUUGUCCAGUUCUGGCAAGAAAACAGGAGGACCUUUUCCCUCACUGGUCCAGCUAUUUAAAACAAAUGGAAGGAUGAAGUUCAGUAACCGGCCACUGGCUGAAGCACUGAUUUCUUGAUAAAUAGUAUUCCAAGACAAGAGUUGUGUUCAACAACCACGAGCGAACUCCAUCAGCCCUGGGUUUGGGUCCUAGCUCCUCUGUACUGGUCUUGAGACCUUAAGCCGUGAAGUUGGCUCUUCUGCCCUUAAUGUUGGCAUUUUGUCGGCAUUUUUCAAGUGGAAUUGAUGCUAAUUGUAUUACCCCUACUUCCUAACUCCCAGCUUUGUAGGCAGGAACAGAAGGACCAGAUACCAGGCAAUCACUGUGUUCCUGUGUCAUUAACUCACUAGAUUCAUGGCUUGCCUGUGUUGGCUAAUGAGAAUUCAUCCUCGCCCCACCUCUAAACAUCCUGAGAAGCCACCAAUUUAAAAUGAACAACAGGGAGAAAAUGAACUAAUCAACCAACCCCAUCCAGGUGAGAUUGCCAGUGGCUCUGCAGUCACUCUGAGACCAGUGUGGCUGAGUUUAAAGACUGUCCCCUGCUAUACCCAGGUCCUCUCAGGAGCCUCUUCAGCUGUGCUCUCUCCACUUGGACUCCAUCAAAAAAGACCCAUCUCAUGUCAUGUUCCCUGGGAAUCUAAUGAGGAUAAGCUUAGUCGAGUAUGGCCACCAGUCAAAAGAGCUGGAAGUCCCGGGAGUGCUGUGGGGAAGAGAAGCAGGAAUUGGCCAAGUGCCAGAUGUCCCCAGAUUGCUGGAUGUCUGUAUUCUCAUCUAUGAAGUAAAAGACUGGCUACAGAUGUUGCUCAUUAAUCUAGAGACCUGGUCUAAACCCCUAGUGAAUGCUUGAAACCAAAGGCAGUAUUAAACCCUGUGUAUUUGGCUUUUCUGCACACACUUAUGUUAAGAUUUAAUUUAUAAAUUAGGCACAAUAAGAAAUUAACUGCAAUAACUCACAGUAACAUGGUAUAAUUAUAACCAUAAGCUGGAAUAAAAGAUUCUUGAAACCGUGAA